CUUCAAGCAAACAACGCAUUUUCACAGUCUGUGGGCGCACACAAAGGGCAAUACCAACAAAUUUCUCUCCCACUGUCAUCAAUGGCAGAAUUUCCUCAACACCAGAUUGUAUAUAUUCAUCUAUGUUUCGUCUUCCGCAGCAGAAUUGAAUUGAAGCAUCUUCGUCUCGUCAAUGGCGGUGUCCAAAGGGAAAUACGGUAAGAUUAACUUUCACGGCAGGAAAUGGUCCACAUUAGAGCUCUCCAAGAUCAUCAUGGCUCUCGUUUUGGCCCUCGGCUUCUCCAUGCUUCUCGCUCUCCGGUUCUUCUCUCCUCCCGAAAGUUCUGAUCCCAACCUACCCGACCGUCUCGCUUCCGUCAGGCGUAAAGCCGUUGAGAGUGAGGGGUUGGGGAAGAGAGGGGAGCAGUGGGUUGAGGUCAUUUCUUGGGAGCCAAGGGCUUUCAUUUAUCACAAUUUCUUGUCCAAGGAAGAGUGCUUGUACUUAAUUAGUCUUGCAAAGCCUCGUAUGGUGAAGUCAACUGUGAUUGAUUCCGAAACUGGCAAGAGUAUGGAUAGCAGGGUGCGCACCAGCUCUGGUAUGUUUCUGAGUAGAGGGCAGGACAGAAUCAUCAGGAACAUAGAGAAAAGAAUUGCAGACUUUACAUUCAUUCCUAUAGAGCAUGGAGAAGGACUUCAAAUUCUGCACUAUGAAGUUGGGCAGAAGUAUGAUGCUCACCAUGAUUACUUUGUUGAUGAGUACAACAUCAAAAAAGGAAGCCAAAGAAUGGCCACCCUUCUCAUGUAUUUGUCGGAUGUUGAAGAAGGGGGCGAGACGGUGUUCCCGGCUGCAAAAGGAAAUUUCAGCUCUGUGCCAUGGUGGAAUGAGCUUUCUGAAUGUGGUAAAGGUGGACUUUCUGUAAAACCAAAGAUGGGGGAUGCGUUAUUGUUCUGGAGCAUGAAGCCUGAUGCUUCCUUAGAUCCUACAAGUUUGCAUGGUGCUUGCCCUGUAAUAAAAGGGAACAAAUGGUCAUGUACAAAGUGGAUGCAUGUUAACAAAUACUCGUGAGGGAAUAAUUAAAAUACAUUCGUUGGUGGAUAGUUAGGAAGUCGAGAGAAUGCCUAUUUUUCUAACGAAAGCUCAUGUUGAAAGGGAGAAGAAGACGAAGAAGAAGAUUGUUGUUUAUACUUUUUAUAUGUAAUUCUUUUGCUGCUUAAUCUUUCACCUUCUGAAAAGUUGCAUGCUUGAGUUGAGUUGUAUAGUUACUGCUUAAUUUGUAUGCACAGAAAGUAAUUCAUGAAAAAAAUGUAGUUUUUUGUCUACUUU